AUGGAGGACCCACAGCGGACUGGCUCUGUUAGCGGGCACGAGGAAUGCAGUGUGUCGUUCAUGUCACUCGCGGCCGAAACGCGUAACCAAAUUUACGGACUGGCGCUACUCCGAAGGUCUCCCAUCAAGAUUACCUAUCUCAGUACUGGAGAUCGCACUGGGCUUCGUAUCGAUCUCGAGGUCGACGAUAUCCUCUACAGACACGGUUCCAAUGGGAUUGCUACCGCCCUGCGCAACCUUACGCUCCUCAACCAGCAACUCAAGAAGGAGGCUCAGACUUUCUUCUACGCCAACAAUGCUUUCAAAUUAAGAGUGGAGCAGCCCGAUCCCGCAAAGAGCUACCACAACGACUUGUUCUUUGUUACGGCUUGCGUAGAGUUCCUCGAGCAUUGCGGCGCAGACGGUCGAGCCUCGCUGAAGCACCUGAUUGUGGAGGACUUGCGAACGGGAACAGUGCGGCACGACGACUUGUACUGCAAGCCUGAUAUCAUCGCUUCCUUUCUUCGCCUGCUGCAUCAGUGCACUAAGCUCGAGAUCUUGGAAAUCAACAACGUCCUCGCCAUUGCGCCGCAAGGUAUGAAAGACAGCGUCGCCCAUGCUGAUAAUCAGCCACUGGAAGAAGCCUACCAGCACUUUUCCUCGCACUUCGCGGAACUUCCUUGCCUCAAGAAGUUGACGCUAGGACAUGACAUCAAGUUUCAUGGAAUCAGCCCAGAAAAGAGGCGCAUCUAUGAGGAGAGGGAAGAGGCAUACCAGGAAAAGCACUAUCGCGCAAUGAUGAUGGAGCUGGAGGACAUGAUGAGAAAGAACCUCUCUGCAGAGGUCAUGGUGCGUACAAUCAUUGGGGAAGAUUUCCUGCUCGCUUCGGUGGAAGGGUACCGCGAUGGCUGGCGGCUCGUCCCGUAUUACUGA